AAUGACCAGCAAAAUCAAAGGAGCAAUGCCAGUCUUAUUUGUGAACUUGGGAAUCCUUUAAAGAAAGACUCAGAGGUGAAGAUACAAAUAAAGCUUGAUGUUUCAAAAAUUCCUACGGAUAAAAAGAAAAUUGAUAUAUUUCUUGAAGCCAACACAGCAAGUACUGAAAUUGAGCCAGUGGAUAACACUUUAAAUAUUCCUAUACAUUUUAAAGCUAUAGCAGAUAUAAGUAUAACUGGUACUCCAUCUCAUGAGCAGAUCCCUUACGUUGAGGAAAUAGAUACAGUAUCCAUAAGUCACACAUAUUUUAUUACAAAUCAUGGACCCAGCCCAUUACAGAUCAUUGAUAUAAUUUUAUAUAUACCAACCUCAUUUGAAGGAAAAGGUGGACUUGUCAGUUUCCUCACUUUCACCAGUUUAGAAGCAGACAGUGGAAAACCGCUAACUAUUCCAGCUAAGUGCAAUGAUACUUAUCUUCAGAUCAAGCCAGUUACUCCUCAAACAAAGAAAACACAAGGGGAUGUUUUUAGGGAGGAUGAAUUAAUUGCGCAGGAAGGAGAAAAUAAUGCAAAAAUAAAUUUUGUAAAUAAAACUGAGAUGGAGAAAACUGAUUCUUCAAGUACUCGUGCAACUUCCCGUUCCAAAAAAAGCAUUGAAAGUAAAACGAGUUCAACAAAGAAAAGAAGAGAUGUAGUUAUUAAUUGUGAAACUGCACAUUGCAUGGCCAUUCAGUGUUCUGCUUCUCCAUUUUCGGACAUUAGGAAAUUUGCUAGGAUCGCAGUUUCAGUACAAGUGAAUCUAUCGGUACUCAAUGAAGUUCUAGACCCAUGGUACAGAAUAGAAUUUUUUACCAAAGGUGAAGUUUUUAUAAGGGAUGAUAAAGCUGAUGUUCAGCCUAAAAAUCACCACCCAGAUGUGACAACGGUAAAAACGGUUAUUGUUUAUCCUGGUCCUCCUCCAUCUGAAGAAAUUGCACAGUGGAUAAUCUUUGUUAGUAUAGGAGCUGGAAUUUUACUACUUAUAGUUAUUCUUAUUCUACUUAUUAAAUUUGGCUUUUUCAAACGAAAACAGAAAGAAAAGAUGCAAGAAAUGAUGACUCAAGAAGACGGUAAACAUUAUGAAGCUUAUGAUGAUGAAAGUAAUGAAAGAGAAGCUUUAAAUUAAUCAUGGUCAUUCGAGUAUUUUAAAACUAUAAUAGCAUUUUUGAUGCCAAAUGCAGUGGACAUGAAACUAUUCUCAAUCCAAAGAGCUUCUUCAAAAGGAAAACAGAAUUUAGCUUGUCAAAAAAGAGAAAAUUUCAUGAAUAUUUACUGUGAAUAUUUUUUCAAAGCUGGAUAUUUUUCCUAGAGUUUUUGUUAUUAGCGACUAUACAUUUCAUAUCGAUUAAAGCGAACUUGUUGAUUAAGAAAACAAUUUGCAUUUCAAAUAGAAACAUUAUCUGGGCAAUCUUUAUGGUUACAACGUUUUAUAAAAACGACAGGUACAUUACUUGCACAGAAACCUAUUUGCAAUACAGUCAUUAUUUGCAUAUGAGUAUUUUGCUCAUUUGUGCUAUGUUUGUGAUAAUUUGAUUUGAUCUCAGAAUUAAUGAAAACAAUAGGAAUGAACUUUUAAAUUAUUUAAGCAAAAUAAGUUUUAAGAUUGUGAAAUGUGAUGACGAGCUUUUUAUUGAAAGCUCAAAUGUUCCUAGAAAUUACUAUAAACGUUUUAAUAUUCUAAAAUAUGAUCAUUUUAUGUAAAUAAUCUGAAGUAUGAAAUGUAACCACAAUAAUAACGUAAAUAAUAUUGAAUGAUACUUUAGAGGACAAUAUUUUCCUCCAAAAGAAUAAGAUUUUGAAAUAUAAUUUAAAUAUAGAUAGAAAAUAGCUAAAUUCAAAAUGCAAUUUUUUAUUGAUUUUGCAAGUAGUCCUAUAACUCUGUGAGAUGAAAUUUCUUGCAGUUUAUUAAAUCUGAUAUUGAGAAUGGUUACUUAGCUGUCUUAAGUUAGAUACAACCAUAAUCAUUCAGUAAUUUUCUUCGCACAAGACUGGUUGCAUUGUUUCAUUCUUCACAAUGUGUAAAAUGCGUUCUCAUCUGUAAUUAUUGUAUUUAUAUUUUUUGUUUAAGCAUGUCCAGUUAACUGUGUAACAAAAAUAUGUAUAUAUUUUUACUGAAAUGUAUCCAUGUUCAUAUUUUAUUUAUUUUCAUAUUGUAUAUAUUAUCAUUUUUAUCAUUGGAAAAUAUAUAUUAAAAAUUUUUAUAAGUUGGUUAUAUAGUCAGACUGUAAUAAUUAUUAAAUUAUACUUAAAUGUUAUAUGGAAUAUAAGUUAUGUGCCAAAAUCAAAUGAAUCAUGCUUGGCAAUGUAAAUUUCUUUAAAUUAUCUUAAAGUAUGCUUUUUUGAAUAAUUAUUUCAGACAUAGCUAAUUUUAACGAUUUGCGCUACGACUAAACUUCACAGUUGCGGUGUAAUAAGUAUAUCUUCAUUUUUAAGCAAAUACCUUAUUUGUUUCAAAUACUGUAAAAAUUGACAUUAAUAUAAUAAAAAAUAUUUUUGUUCUGUUUCUCUCUAAUUAGUCUGAACUGUCUAAAAAAUUUAUAUUUAAAAUUGAAUAAGAACAACAGUUUUAUCUGAGUUGGAAUUUUUUAUUUAUGUACUUAUUCUUUUACAGGCUUCAAAAAUAUUUUCAAAUACAAAACAUUUUAUUAAGCAAUCUAUCCAGCAAUCAAUGGCCAAUAUGGAAAUUUUUUUUUCCACAAUUACACAUAUCCUGAAAUAACCUCUAUUAGAGGGGCUGCUUUGCCAUUCAGAAAGCAUAUUUUAGCUCAUCUAUAUUUUAUGUACAUUGCUGCUGCAUGAAUACAAAAUUUUUUAUGCCAGAUUAUCUUUUCUGUACUUUUUUUUGUAUGUCUGUUUAGCAAGUGACUAAAUACUUCAACAGAAUAUUUUCCAUAUAACGAAUGUUUCAACUUUCCACUUUUAAAACUAUAAAAUAAAAACCUUGCAUAAUUUUCCUGCAA